UUGUUUCCUCUCUUUCAAUUACCAUGUCGUCCCUUCCUCGUUUCACGACUCUCUUUUCCUUCUACUUUUUCUUCCUCUCAAAUAUUCUUUUCUUCCCUCUCUUCCGAUUACCAUGUCUGUCUCUCCACCUAUCAAAAUUCUCACUUCCCACUAAUUUAUCUUCCUCUCACUCAUUCUUUUGUUUCCUCUCUUUCAAUUACCAUGUCGUCCCUUCCUCGUUUCACGACUCUCUUUUCCUACUACUUUUUCUUCCUCUCAAAUAUUCUUUUCUUCCCUCUCUUCCGAUUACCAUGUCUGUCUCUCCACCUAUCAAAAUUCUCACUUCCCACUAAUUUAUCUUCCUCUCACUCAUUCUUUUGUUUCCUCUCUUUCAAUUACCAUGUCGUCCCUUCCUCGUUUCACGACUCUCUUUUCCUUCUACUUUUUCUUCCUCUCAAAUAUUCUUUUCUUCCCUCUCUUCCGAUUACCAUGUCUGUCUCUCCACCUAUCAAAAUUCUCACUUCCUCCUACUUUUUCUUCCUCUCACACAUUCUUUUGUUUCCUCUCUUUCAAUUACCAUGUCGUUCCUUCCUCGUUUCACGACUCUCUUUCCUUCUACUUUUCUUCCUCUCAAAUAUUCUUUUCUUCCCUCUCUUCCGAUUACCAUGUCUGUCUCUCCACCUAUCAAAAUUCUCACUUCCUCCUAUUUUAUCUUCCUCUCACUCAUUCUUUUGUUUCCUCUCUUUCAAUUACCAUGUCGUCCCUUCCUCGUUUCACGACUCUCUUUUCCUUCUACUUUUUCUUCCUCUCAAAUAUUCUUUUCUUCCCUCUCUUCCGAUUACCAUAUCUGUCUCUCCACCUAUCAAAAUUCUCACUUCCCCUACUUUUUUCUUUCUCUCCUCCUUCUUUUGUUUCCUCUUUUCAAUUACCAUGUCGUUCCUUCCUCGUUUCACGACUCUCUUUUCUUCUACUUUUUUCUUCCUCUCAAAUAUUCUUUUCUUUUCUCUUUCCGAUUACCAUGUCUGUCUCUCCACCUAUCAAAAUUCUCACUUCCCCCUACUUUUUCUUUCUCUCACUCCUUCUUUUGUUUCCUCUCUUUCAAUUACCAUGUCGUUCCUUCCUCGUUUCACGACUCUCUUUUCCUUCUACUUUUUCUUCCUCUCAAAUAUUCUUUUCUUCCCUCUCUUCCGAUUACCAUGUCUGUCUCUCCACCUAUCAAAAUUCUCACUUCCUCCUAUUUUAUCUUCCUCUCACUCAUUCUUUUGUUUCCUCUCUUCAAUUACCAUGUCGUCCCUUCCUCGUUUCAAAACGACUCUCUUUUCCUUCUACUUUUCCUCUAAAAUAUUCUUUUCUUCCCUCUCUUCCGAUUACCAUGUCUGUCUCUCCACCUAUCAAAAUUCUCACUUCCCCCCUUUUUUUUUUCUCACUCCUUCUUUUGUUUCCUCUCUUUCAAUUACCAUGUCGUUUUCCUUCCUCGUUUCGACUCUCUUUUUUCUACUUUUCUUCCUCUCAAAUAUUCUUUUUUUUUCUCUCUUCCGAUUACCAUGUCUGUCUCUCCACCUAUCAAAAUUCUCACUUCCUCCUACUUUAUCUUCCUCUCUCUCAUUCUUUUGA